AUGAAAACAGGACGCCUCUACCUCAAGUCGACUAGCUGUAACCCCUCGAGAGCGAUCAAGGACGUACUUCCUGGCGGGAACAAAAAGCGAGCAGCUAUAAUGUUCUCUCCCGCUAAAGACUCGGCAAUAGGGAGACCGCUUGGCUCGAUUACUGUUUUCCAAACGACCCCAUCAGAGCAAACAGUACACGUUACACUGAACACCUUAGAAGAGCACGGUAGUUUUCGGCUUGUGGCGCCCCGUGAGUGGUUGAGUUGCAUGUCCCCGUCGGUGCUCCAGAGUACCCUCUUUAUCAUAAGCUAACAGAUGACUGGCCCCCAGGUCGGACUCCCAGGGGAGAUGAGCCGGCUAGAGGUUCCUGAGCUCCGGAUCGGCAGGGAGACUCGCCGACGGCACUCCUGGAUCGCUGGGU